AUGAUACUGCCUAAGAAAAAAACCGGCGAAGGUCUUUCCGAUCUUAUUGAUGCACUGCUCGAAGAGCGCGAUAACUUCCGCGAUAGAGCAGCCGAAGAAAAUGCUGCUGUUGCUGAUAUGCAAAUGAAGCUGGAAAAAAGAGACACUAAAGUAUCACUUUUUCUUGUACGGGCAUCGGCAAUUUUUCCAAUUUUGCCUUUUCUGAAGAGAGCUUAUGUACUUUUUGCACGAACGAAGGGCCGAGAUCGUGUUUUGCCUUUUAGCAUGAUAUGCCGAGAAUAUCGUUACAGUUGUUUAAAAGUGGAUGUUGCGAAAUAUUGGUUAUUUGUAGUUCGAAAAGUUGAUAAAAAAUUGGAUUUUCAACUGAGCGACACUCGAAAGUAUCACUCUUUUCUUGUUUGA